GUUCCACGCGAAUUCCCCCACCCCCACCCCCCUUCCCUCAGCUCAGCUGCCAGCUCUGCAAUGGGAGCCUCCGCCGUUGCCGCGGUGUAGGUUUUCGUGCUCCUCCUUUUCCUCCUCCUCUUUCUCCUCCUCCUCAGGGCCCCAGUCAGGCCGAUCCGCUCCGUUCACGGUUUGCUUUCCUUUUGAGAAUUAGAAAAUCGAAAAUGGCAGAACUCUUUAUGGAAUGUGAAGAAGAAGAGUUGGAACCGUGGCAGAAGAAAGUAAAAGAGGUUGAGGAUGAUGAUGAUGAUGAGCCAAUCUUUGUUGGAGAGAUAUCAAGUUCAAAACCAGCAAUUUCAAAUAUUUUGAAUAGAGUAAACCCCAGCUCAUAUUCGAGGGGAAUAAAGAAUGGCGCACUCAGUAGAGGUAUUACUGCUGCAUUCAAGCCUACAAGUCAGCACUACACGAACCCAACAUCAAAUCCAGUGGCUGCCUCGCCAGUAAAUUUUCAUCCUGAAUCUAGAUCUUCAGAUAGUUCUGUUACUGUUCAGCCUUUGUCUAAACCUGGUUACAUAACAAACUCAUCACGAGUUGCAUCUAGUAAUUCUACAGAGUUACUGUUUGACUUGACCCAGGAUACAGGAUUAUCACAUUUCCAAGGUGGACCAACACUUUCUUUAGCAGGUGUGAAUGAAAGUUCAUUUUUAUCAAAACGUCCUUCUACUUCCGAGGUGAACAGUGUUAAUCCAAAAAAGCCUAAACCCAGUGAAAGUGUUUCUGGAGCAAAUUCCUCAGCUGCAUUUCCUUCAGCUAAAUCUCUUUCAGUGACAUCUCCCCAGGCUAUGUCAUCAAAAGGUACAAAUACCUCAUCAAGUCAAUCUAAAAAUGGCACACCUUUUCCAAGAGCUUGUCCAAAGUGCAAUAUUCAUUUUAAUCUUUUGGAUCCUUUGAAAAAUCACAUGAAGUAUUGUUGUCCAGACAUGAUAAAUAACUUUUUGGGACUGGCUACAACAGAAUUUUCAAGUACAGCAAAUAAAAACAAGACUGUUGAUUCAGAGAAAGGAAAGUUGAUCAUGUUGGUUAAUGACUUUUAUUAUGGAAAACAUGAAGGAGAUAUCCAGGAAGAACAGAAGACUCACACAACCUUUAAAUGCUUCAGUUGCUUGAAAAUUCUUAAAAAUAAUAUUAGGUUUAUGAACCACAUGAAACACCAUUUGGAACUUGAGAAGCAGAGUAGUGAGAGCUGGGAAAACCACACCACCUGCCAGCACUGCUAUCGCCAGUUUCCCACACCAUUUCAACUGCAGUGUCACAUUGAAAGUACACACACCCCCCAUGAAUUUUCUACCAUUUGCAAAAUCUGUGAAUUAUCAUUUGAAACAGAGCAUAUUCUCUUACAACAUAUGAAGGACAAUCAUAAACCCGGUGAGAUGCCAUAUAUUUGCCAGGUUUGCAAUUAUAGAUCAUCAUCAUUUUCUGAUGUAGAAACUCAUUUUAGAACAUCCCAUGAAAACACUAAGAACUUGCUAUGUCCAUUUUGCCUCAAAGUUAUUAAAAUUGCGACACCCUAUAUGCAUCAUUAUAUGAAGCAUCAGAAAAAAGGAAUACAUCGUUGUACAAAAUGCAGACUGCAAUUUUUGACAUGCAAAGAGAAAAUGGAUCACAAGACUCAGCAUCAUCGAACAUUUAUAAAACCUAAACAGCUAGAAGGAUUACCUCCUGGAACAAAAGUUACUAUUCGAGCUUCAGUUGGACCUCUUCAGUCAGGAUCUUCAGCUACACCUUCUAUUAGUGCAAACACUUCUACCCUUCAGGUCUCACCUCCAAGGACAAAAAGUGUAACUGCUAAAAAUCCCACAAAAUCUAACACAAGUAAACUUAAUACAACUAAAUCUAAUGCAAGUAAAUCUAACUCAAAUAAGCCUAAUGGAAGUAAAUCUAAAUUGAAAUCAAAAAUCUCUAAUGUGCAAAAAAAACAAAGCACUUUGGCUAGUAGCAAUAGAAAAAGUAAAGUCAAUACAGCUUUGAGGAACUUAAGGUAUCGUCGGGGAGUUCACAAGUGCAUUGAGUGUUGUUCUGAAAUAAAAGAUUUUGCAAACCACUUUCCUACAUAUGUCCAUUGUAGUUUCUGCAGAUAUAACACUAGCUGUAGCAAAGCCUAUGUAAAUCAUAUGAUGAGCUUUCACAGUAACCGUCCAAGUAAAAGGUUUUGUAUUUUUAAGAAGCAUUCAGAAAAUCUCAGGGGCAUUACUCUAGUGUGCCUUAAUUGUGAUUUCCUAGCUGAUGUUUCUGGCUUAGAUAAUAUGGCUACGCACUUGAGUCAGCAUGAAACUCAUACUUGCCAAGUUGUAGUAGAGAAAGUUUCUGUUUGUAUCCCAACUUCUGCUCAUCUUUCUGAAUUAAAAAGUGAAGCUCCUCCCACUAAGGAACAAAAACCGGUGUCUGAGGAACUUGCAAGACCUAAUAUGGCGGAAGAAGAAACAGAAACAUCAAAUUCUGAAAGUCAACAUGAUAAAGCUUCUUCAGAAGAAGAAAAAAAAAGUGAAUGUGAUGCAAAUUCAUUUGAAGCCCCAUCAGCAACAAAAAGUGAAGAAAGCAUAAUAGUUUCAGAUAAAGAAAAGGAUAUCUGUCUUGAAGACAAGGAAACUGGCUCAAAGAAUAUCUUCAGUUAUGAUUCAAAUAUUGGUGAGAAUAAAGUGGAAAAGGAAAAACAAAUUGAGCACAUUUGUCAAGAAACAGAGCUGAAAAUGUGCGAAAGUUCAGAAAACAUAAUUUCAUGUGAUCAGAUUAAAGAUCAAAACUCCAAUGAAGCCAGGUUUUCUUCAAAGAAUAUUAAGGAUUUGCGGUUGACAUCUGGUGAUGUUAGCAUUGAUCAGUUUUUGAGGAAAAGAGAUGAACCUGAAUCUGUUAGUUCUGAUGUUAGUGAACAAGGCAGUGUUCAUCUGGAACCUUUGACUCCAUCAGAGGUGCUUGAGUAUGAAGCCACAGAGAUUCUUCAGAAAGGUAGUGGUGAUCCUUCAGCCAACCUUGAUGAAGUAGUAUCUGAUCAAACAGAUGAUGUGCCUGGGGAAAAUGGCCCUAGCACAUCCGAGACAACAGUAGACCUGGCAGAUGAAAAAGAAAGAAGUUGAAAUUAGUUGUCAUUCUCAGUUUUAGUGUACAAAUGGUAAGAGCAUUUGGAACAGUGCUAUCAGGUGAGCUCAGUGGUGAUUUAGUAGAGUUCAGAAAUAGAAAAAUAUGAGGGAGGUCAUUCAUACACUUUCUCUGAACAACCUACAUUAUUACAGAAAUUAGUUCAAUAAUAGCAUGAUAGUAUGGAUUUUCAAGAGGUUUUAAAACAUGAACAGGAUUUUAAUGAAAGUUUACAAUAGAAAAGCUUCAUUUAACAGUUCUCAAGGAAAUGGAACUUGAUUGCCAAUAUGAAUUAUUAGAAUAUUAGUUACAUUUAUAAAGCAUUGAAAAUUCCAUCAGUCCUAAACUAAAAAUCUAUUACUUAUAUGUCCUUCUCAACUUGAGGGAAGAAAGUUGGAAACCACAUACCUUUUGGGAAUAAUUGAUUUAAAAUAAUGGCUAAUUGGCAUUGUUAAUGAAAGCUUUAUUUUGGGUAUGAUGCUGGUAAAUGCUUAAAGUGUGAAAUUAGCGAAGCUAUUGAGAAUUUGAAUGAACGUAAACUUAUUUUGGAUUUAAUAUAACAUUCCAGACUAUCAGAAGCAUGUAAACAGAAUAUUUGAGUCCAUGUACCUCCAUACAAGUGUUAGCCUGCCAGGCUGUAAGCUUACCUUAAUUAAACUUUCAGUGAAAGUGAAAUUAUUAAAAUAUAAAUUUAUAUUUGUGUUUUUUUGUCAGUGUGAGCUGUGCAGAAAUCCCUUCAUGAAUUAGUUGUAUAAAGUAGAAAUCCAUUGUUGAAACUUCUGUAGCUAUUAUGCUUUUAAUAUUGUUUUAAUGAUCUUUAGAAAUAGACUCAUGAAAAUGGUCUGGAUACCAAACCAAAGUAUGAUAUAAUAUAGAUACUGUAAAGCAGCAAACUGAAAACAUGUCCUGGCAUGAACUCAGCCAUGUUUCAGUGACUUUUCCUUUAAUUGUAAAAUAGAGACUUCAAAUGGGACCUAAAGCAGUGAUGUAAAAAAUUGGUUUGGGAUAGUUAGUCUAAUUUAUCCAUAAGAUGGCCACUAAGUUGAUUUUUAGUUGUUUUUUAUCCUCUAGGAAAUAAAGAUCUAGAAAUCAAUAAGAAUAACAGUAGUCUGCUUUGAAGUACUAAUAAACUUUUAUUUAAAAUGCUACAUUUUUACUUCUUAAAACGUGCUUUGAAUUCUUAAAUUUUGUUUCACUGAAUAUUAAAUGUUUUAAAUGUCUAUUAAAAUUCUGCUGUAUAUAGUUUUUGAGUAAAUAUUUGUAAUAAAAUUCUGUCCCUGAAUAAUUUUAUUUUUCAGAAAACUGCUUGAAUCAGAUUACCUGUGGCGCCUUUAGAAACUGUAUGCUUGUUAAGGAAACUUCAUGUUAAAGUUAGUGGUAGGGUUUCAUUCUGUAUUCUUUAAUUUGAUGUAUGAUAUAUUUUAAGUCAGUGAAGUAUAGGGAGAAACACUGCUAAUAUUUACAGAGAAUAGAUAUGUUUUCUAAACCCUUUCACUUCAAGAGAAAUAUAAUUUAAUAUUAUAGUUUUCUAUCUGCUCAAUAAAUUAAAGAGGCUAAAUAGGCAAAAUAUAUUAAGUUAUUUUCUUGAAUAUGGGGGAGGGGUGGGAAAACAAAUAUUUUUAUCUUUCCUGCUCCCAAGAAAAGACAGGGAGAAAGGAACCUAUUUGCUCUUACCCUUCACCUUGUUGAAUCAUAAAUCUAUAGAGCAGAAAGAUUUUGGGAGUAAUUUAAAACUUAAAAGAACAGGAAGUAAAAGAAAGUGUCUUUGUGAUUCACUUUCAGAAUCUCAUUCAAUUAGUUGCCAAGCCUAUGCUACAAAAUCCUAGAGCACUGUGGCAAAAUAAGUCUCUCAAUGACACUAAUGCCUUUUGAGCUUUGGGGUUGUCCCUUCUCCUGCCUCUAUAUACCUUUAUAGCAGUGCUAUUCAAAGUAGCUGUUCAAUGAACUGUUUAUACCUAUCCACUGCGAGAAAAGGAACCUGUACCAGACUAUAAAUUCUUCAUUGAGAAAGUCUGGUACCGAAAACAAAAAAGCAGUUGAAAUAAACAUUGUACUUAGUAACCUCAUUGGUAUUUGUUCUCACACAAUACCCUUAUCUCAUUUCUUAUUAGGAACAAACAGUUUGGGCAAGCAAACCAAACCUGUAUGUAGCAUUGCUUUAGAAGGAUGGUCUGCAGACUUUUUCUGUUGAGUCCAGGUGCUAAAUUGUGGGCCCUGGUCACAAUUACUGAAGUCUUCCUUGUAGCAUGGAAGCAGCUAUAGGUAGUAUGUAAAUAAUAGCCUGUUUGUGUUUCAUUAAAACUUUAUUUUAAAAAAAACAGAAUGUUGGCUGGAUUUGACUUUGCUUUAGAGUGUUUAUACUCCCUUGAUAAGACUGUGAAAACCAGUGAUGCACAUUAGUUAGUGACUCUUUUGCUUAAGAACUAACUAAUGACUACUGCCUUAGUAUGUUAUGGUUCCCUGUUAUCUAGCAAUAGGAUUAUGAUAGGUUAAAAGUGCAGUUCAGUGACAUUAAUUUGAUUAUAUUGAUUUGGUGGCAUGUACUUUUAAUUUACAUUGAAAAUCUAAAUGCUAUAUUUAUGUGUGUUAUUUCUUCCCCUUUGCAUCUCUCCAAUAUUGUAGGG